CUCUAGUGUCGACUAUCUAAGUUACAGAUCAUUAUAGACCUCACCAAGCCCUAUCCGGAGAAAUGUCGAAACUAACCUACCACCACAGCGAGCGAGUAGCUGCGUCGACUAGCGGCAACGGAGGCAUAGCGCCUCUUUCUUCCCCUCUCUGGUAGAGUGACGAGGUGAAACCGCAACCAGAGACGCCCAGCCAGCUCCAGCUUCCUCUGCGCUAGGAUUUAGUGGAACGACACCGGAAGUAGAGACUCUUCUCUCUAGUAGUAGACAGCGGCAUUUUCCUCUGUCUCAAUCGAGCUGUCCCUUAGUACGUCAAGCUGGCGAUGCCAGCUGCAUGUGGCGCGUGGUUCUGCAUAUUCUUUCGCAGAAAAACGAACAAAUACGGAACAAAGAAUGUCACGCUUGAGGAAGUCCGUAUAAUUUCUUGAUUCUUUCCCUGACCACGCCAAGAACACUUCUUCUGCAUUCCUCAUUCUGCCAGAGGACCCACGGCAUUGGUUCUUGGCUCUUUCUUGUUUGUCGCCCUCUACUCCAAAUUUACCUUCCAUCAACCCAACAUCAGAUACGCAUCCCGCCUUCGAGCGACGCCCAAGUGAGGCACUCAUGCAGGAUAUGUUGGAGCAGGCGGAAAUCCGCAAGUCAAUGGGGCAGCACCACUGUGAUGACGACCGGCUCGUUAUCUUCUCAUCCAAAAUUAUGAGUUCUUGUAUAGGAAACGCAUCUCCAAAAUCAAUAUCUGGACAAGGAUCCCGUAUGAAAUGCGCGAUGUGUUCUGCACACCUCUAAUAAAAGUAAGGAGGCGGAGAAGAUGCAGGUGGACGAUAGGCAAGAAGAGAGGCGGACGAGAGAUGUGCGAGGGGGAAGAAAGGUAGCUGUUCUUAUGAGUACCUUCACGUUCAAGAGCACUGCUCCUCGUCAAUCCUAUGAAAUUCCUGAUUACAACUCGAUCGUUUCGGUGUUGACUUGCUUUAGCAUUGGUCUCACGACGACUCGAUGAUGAAACCUGAUUAAACUGAUGUAGUAAGUGCAACUUCUUCAGGUUCUUCCAUCAGCGGCGGCCAAGCGGCUGGAUUCAUAGCAAUGGGCUUUCUUUGGUAGCGCGGCGAGGCUCAAACCUGCCCAUGUUGCAUGGUGAAAAAUCUUCGACGACAGACCGGCUGUAGUCACGAUGUGGCUCCCCUCAUCUGUCAUCGUCGCUAUCUUCCAUCACGAACAUACCUAUUCAAUUAAGCGCAUGUGCAGCUUUCCAGAUCGUCCUUCCCAUGUCGUAUUCUGUCAUGUCUCGACUACAACUACUCGUUUUCUUGUAGUCUUUUCGAAGCGCAUGAUUCGGAGCUGGUACACUGAUCAGUGGUGGAGCCACUGCACUAGAAUUGAUAGAUCAUAGGCAUGAUACUAGGGAUCUUCAUUGUCAUUCCGAUUCUCUUGCUUUCACAGUCCGAUUCGCACAUAUAUUCGCGUUAAAUCAGUAGGUUGUGUCAUCAAUCAUUGAAUGUUGACCCGCGCGCCCCGCGAUCAUUCAACCUGCUUAUUUUAUUGCCAUCAGCCACGUUGCAACAACUUUUAUUGCUCGGGUGAUCGAUGAUGAUGUCCAGAGGAAUCGCUGGUCCUUUUCCCACUACACCUGUUCCACUUAAUAUUCCUCAUCGUUUUGCCUGUUUCUGCGUCCUCUUCGGAAGAGGAUACUCUUUCUCUUUCCCGAAGAUGAUACUAUUUUUCAACGUCUCCUGUGCAACUUCUCAUCAUGAUGAAAAAAA